AUGAAGUCGGUCAGCGUGCUUGGUUUGGAGGACAACAGGCGCUCAGAGGAGAGGAGCAGGUUGAACUGUGUCGAAUUACCUCAGAGCAGUUUCACAGACGGACAGAACCCAGACCUGCUGCAGUGUCAGGACACCACUCAAACCAGCUCUACUGUCGAAUACAGAAGAUGUGGGUCUCGUCUGGGUGGGGUCAAAGUUCGCCACAAGAGACAGGUGCUGCAGGACAUGGCCCGACCCCUGAAACACUGGCUGUACAAACACCGAGACAACCCAUAUCCCACCAAGACGGAGAAGGUGCUGCUGGCUCUGGGGUCACACAUGACACUCGUACAGGUUUCCAACUGGUUUGCAAAUGCCAGGCGAAGGCUCAAGAACACAGUGAGACAGCCUGACCUGAGCUGGGCCCUGAGGAUCAAACUUUAUAAUAAAUACAUCCAGGGAAACGCUGAAAGGUUGAGCGUGUGCAGUGAUGACACCGGCUCAGAGGAUGAAGAGUUUCCCUUACAAACUCCCAUCAGCCAGUCUAACUACGGCAGGUCGUCCUCCCACAAGAGCGUGCUUGAGAAACAGGGCAGCGUCCUCGCCAUGGCCGACUCGGCCAACAGUGACGACAGCACGUCGCCCCCAUCCAAAUACAAGAGCGGUUUACUGAACCGGUAUCUAAACGACACCCUGCGGCACAUGAUGGCAGCGAAGGCUGAUGGCGUCACCUCUUCCCGCCAGAGGAGGAGCCACUCCGAGUCGUUCAGCUCCAACGACUGUGAUCGAGAUGUCGUGUCCCCGGCGUCGUCCUAUGAGACUGAGACAAACUUUGUCUACCACAUGGAUACAAUGGCCUAUACUCCAACUAACUGUGACAGGGACCAGCAGCCGGAGCGUGGCCAGCAGAGACGAGACGACCAAGGCUGGAGGGAGAUACACGCCGCUGUGGCUCUGACCAACUUGGCCCAAGGGCAGAGCCACGCGGGCGACCGAGGCAGCGCUACACUGCCAAUCGCUGCCAAAGGGCAGAGCUGCACCCGAGAGCCCUUCUCUAGAGCGAGAACAACUAUCAUGGACAGGACAUGUGUUCCCAGCACCCCCUCUUCUCUGAGGCAGAGCUGCACCACAGGGCCCAUUCUCACCAGCCGCAUAAUCCAGAGGUCCUCUCAUAUCGCGGAAGUCCAGACUGUCAAAAUGACCCUGGCAAACAGAGUGUAG